GCUUGGACUUUCUCACAAAUACAGAAAAUCGAUUUACUUACUCGGUAUACAACACGCCAAUCACUCUUCAUCAAUAUGGGUUACACACACUACUGGCAGGCUAAAGAUCAAAAGACAUGGUCUAAUAUCUGGCCCCAACUAAUUUCCGACGCCAAUCUCAUCAUCAAGACCCUCGAAAAAAGUGCCCCUCUCCUUGACGAGACAGAUAACUAUUACCUCCCCACCAUCGAAUGCGGAAUUUUCAUAAAUGGACAAGACGAGCAUGAAGAUUUCAUCCUGACCCAAUUUAAAAGCUUUGGGUUUAACUUUUGUAAAACUGCGAGGAAGGAAUAUGAUGCUGUUGUCACGACUAUUCUCAUGCGUGCGAAGAUGUUGGCUGGGGAUGAAUUUAGGCUAUUCUCCGACGGUGACUGGGACGACGAGUGGCAACGCACUUUGGAAGAUUAUGUCAAAUUAUGGCCAAAUGAGGAGAAGCCUACUGAAAAUAUUUUCGGACCCGAAAUGGACUAUUGAUGAGGAGUUCACGAGUGGAGAAUUGGAUGAUUUCCUUGGAAUUUUUGUUGUACGAUCAGUUUCCAAUGUAUGAAAGGAUGAAAUUAAUCUUACCGUAAAAUAAACUCCAGGUUAACCUAGAUUGACA